UGACCAUAAGCCCACAGCUGCAACCAUGAGGUGGAGCUCUAUGUGGUUGUGUUUCUUUGCUUUUUCUGUCUCCAGUCUCAGAGAAGUCCAGGCCAGACAGGUUCGCAACCAUGUCAGCAGUAUCUGCAGCACAUGGGGCAGAGAGCACUUCAAGACAUUUGAUGGUGACGUGUACCAGUUCCCGGGUAUGUGUGAAUACAACCUGGCCUCUGACUGCCAUUCCCCCUACCAGGAGUUCUCCGUGCACAUGAAGAGGAAGAAUAAUGAUGGAAACCCAACAGUCAGUUAUGUGGUGGUUACCAUCAAUGACCUUUCCUUCCACCUCACUAAGACCCUGGUCACUGUCAAUGGCCUUCCUGUCCACUUGCCAUACUACAACGGAGGGGUACAAGUGGAAAAAAAUGCUGUUUACAUCAAGCUCCAAUCCAAAGUUGGCGUUGUUGUCAUGUGGAAUGGUGAUGAUUCAGUCAUGGUGGAACUGGACGCUGAUUAUGCUAAUCGUAUUUGUGGACUUUGUGGAGACUUCAAUGGCAUCGCUGUCCACAAUGAGUUUAUUCAUAACGGUCGCAAAAUCAGCUCCAUUGAAUUUGGCAACAAUCAGAAAGUCCAUCGUCCCAACGACAAUUGUGAGGACCCUUAUGAAAAGGAGGAUGAAUCACUGGAGGCUGUGACUGUGCAUGAUUUAUGCAAAGAGUUUCAAACCAGCUGUGAACAAAUGCUGCAUUCAGAGUCCUGGCGCUCCUGCACCAAUCAGAUUAAUCCAGAACCUUACAUCAAGGCCUGUGUGCAGGACAUGUGUGGCUGUAACAACAGAUCUACUGACUUCUGUGUCUGCAGCACACUGUCCGAGUUCUCUCGACAGUGCUCCCAUGCUGGAGGGCAGCCUCCCAACUGGAGGACCCCUCAGUUCUGUGCUAAAGAUUGCCCGUACAACAUGGUUUAUGAAGAGAGUGGUUCCCCUUGCAUGGACACAUGCACACAUCAAGACACAAGUUCACUGUGUGAGGAACACAAGAUGGAUGGAUGCUUCUGUCCUACUGGAACUGUAUUUGAUAAUAUAUCCUUGAGAGGAUGUAUCGCUCAAACUGAAUGUCAGUGCAAACACGACAGAAUCUAUGACUCCGGUGAGGUUUACCGACAGGACAGAGAGGAAUGUACAUGUUUUGAGGGUAGAUGGGCUUGUAAGAGCCGUCAGACUCCUUCUACAUGUGCAGUUGAAGAAGGUUCACAUGUAACUACCUUUGAUGGGAAAACCUACACCUUCCACGGGGAAUGUUACUACACCCUAGCCAAGGUGGAAAGCAAGGGUGAUGCAAGUCCAAAGUUUACCAUCCUGGCCCAGUUGGUCCCGUGUGCUAAUCAGAAGUUUGACACUUGUCUUAAAACUCUGAAAGUUCUUUUGAACAAUGACAGAAACAAUGUUUUAAUGUUCAGUUCUGAUGGCACAGUCAAGCAGAAUAUGCAGACCAUCAGUUUACCAUUCAACUCUGGUGAUAUCAACAUUUUCCACGCUUCAUCCUUUCACAUCUUGCUCCAGACCAGUUUUGGGUUGCAAAUUCAAAUUCAGCACGUGCCUCUCAUGCAAGUCUAUGUCACCCUGGAGCAGAGCUACAGAGCAAAGACACGUGGUUUAUGUGGGAACUACAACAUGGUCCUGUCUGAUGACAUGAAGACUCCUCAGGGGAUUGUUGAAGGAACUGCAGCCGCUUUUAUUAACUCCUGGAAGGCUAACCUCAUGUGCAGAGACAGAGAAGAAAGACUGGAUGAACCCUGUUCCCUAAGUGUGGAAAAUGAGAAUUAUGCCAAACACUGGUGCGCCUUACUCCUGAGUCCAAGUAGCACCUUUGCGCAGUGCCAUGCAGUGGUGGAUGCUGACAUUUACUAUGAGAGAUGCACUUAUGCUAGUUGCAACUGUGAGAAGAGUGAAGACUGCCUGUGUGCAGUAUUCUCUUCCUACGCACGAGCUUGUGCAUCAAACGGAGUGUUUUUGACAGACUGGAGAGAGAACGUGUGUGAUAAAUACUCAAGGAACUGCCCAGAAUCACAGACCUUCUCAUACAAGCAUCAGAGAUGCCAGUUGACUUGCAGAUCACUGGGCUCUAUGCAGCAGAGCUGUACUUCUGACUUCUUGCCUUUGGAUGGCUGUUCCUGCUCUGAGGGUCUCUACCUUAAUGAUGAUGGCAUUUGUGUCACCAUGGAAAAGUGUCCCUGUUACCAUAAUGAAGGGUACAUCAAGCCAGGAAAGUCCAUCAGCAUUAAAGAUGAGCACUGUGUGUGUACCAAUGGAGUGCUUCAUUGCCGUUCAUGGAGAGCCCGCUCGUUAGCAUGCCCUUUUCCAAAAGUAUUCUUCAACUGCUCUGCUGCUGGCACAGGAGAACUCGGACUUCAGUGUGCUCGGACUUGUUUAAAUCUCGACAGUGAUGACUGUGACUCCACAGAGUGUGAAUCAGGCUGUCAGUGUCCAGUUGGCCUCUUUGAUGAUGGCAAAGGUUCCUGUGUGAAAGAAAACCAAUGUCCAUGUCAGCAUGGUGGGCAUUUCUAUGUCCCUGGAUCAACAAUUCCAAAUCAGUGCAACACAUGUACCUGCAAAAGUGGAAACUGGGAGUGCACAAACAAAAAAUGUCCAGGAACUUGCAUUAUUUAUGGAAGUGGUCACUACAACACAUUUGAUCAGCGAACAUAUGGUUUUCAAGGACAUUGUGCCUAUGUUGCUGUUAAGAACAACUGUGGGAAUAAAACCAUACAUGACAACUUUGGAGUUAUCACAGAAAAUGUACCAUGUGGAUCAACUGGCACCACAUGCUCCAAAACUGUCAGAAUCCAACUCGGGCGUAUGGAAGUCAAACUAUCAAAGGGUAAAUACGAGGAGGAGGACCUGGGACAUGGCUCUCAGAUUCAGUACAAAAUAAGGACGGUUGGCUUGUAUUUGGUCAUAGAAUCUGCCAUAGGUCUAACAGUUAUAUGGGAUCGCAAAACGACUGUUCGUACCCUCCUGGACCCAAAGCACAGCGGAGAAGUAUGCGGCCUGUGUGGAGAUUUUAAUGGUGACGGACAGAAUGACUUUACCACCCAGGGUCAGCUCACAGUGAGCAAUGUGUUAGAGUUUGCAAACAGCUGGAAAGUGUCAAGCAGCUGUCCAGACGCAGAUACAAAUGUUGAUGCUUGUGGAGCAACACCAAAUCGACAUCACUGGGCAAAAAUGAUGUGCAGCAUUAUAACUGGGGAAACGUUCAAACACUGCCACAACAAGGUGGCUCCUCGUCCAUUUUAUGAAAACUGUGUGAAAGACUCAUGUGCCUGUGACUCUGGAGGUGACUGUGAGUGCUUCUGCACAGCAGUUGCAGCUUAUGCUCAGGCUUGUAAUGAGGCUGAUGUUUGUGUUGCAUGGAGAACUCCAGAAAUCUGCCCUGUCUUCUGUGAUUACUACAACAGUCCUGAUGAUUGCAAGUGGCACUACAACCCUUGUCACACACCUUGCUACAAGACCUGUUUAAAUCCACAAGGACAGUGUAGCAGCCCUACACCAAACCUGGAAGGCUGUUACCCUGUAUGCCCCGAAGAUAAGCCCAUAUUUGACGAGAAUACCCAGAUGUGUGUUGAGAACUGUACAUAUUGCUUUUACAACGGAACUAUAUAUGAGGAAGACGAAGUUAUUUAUAAUGUUACUGACAAUUUGGGAAUGUGCUACUAUGCAAUAUGCAAGAAUACAACAGUGAUAUUCACAAAUGAAACUUGUUUUCCACCAACUACUCCUACACCUACAACUAUCGCCACAACUACACCUUUGACAAAAACAACUUUGACCCCUUUCACAACUGAAGCUGAAGUUACAACUCCACCAACAACUGGGGAGCCAACCACAACAGCAAAACCUACUACUACAACUUCACCACCAGUCAUUACCACAGAAUCUUCAACUACGACAUCUGAACCAACAACUACAACUGCAGAGCCAACCACAACCACAAAAGUGACAACCCAACCAACAACAAACACUGUAACAACCACGCAGAGUACCACUACUGUAUGCUUCUGUAUAGUUAAUGGCAAGCCUUAUAAGCCAGGAGAUGUCAUAUUCAACAUGGUACACAUUGGAUCUGGGGUGUGUCUCACAAUGAUAUGUUCUGAUAUUUGUGAGAUUCAGAAUAAGACGGAUAUUUGUACAACCACAUCAAUGCCUACAACAACAACUUAUGUACCUAACUGCCCUGAAUGGGAUGUUGUGCAAAAUGAGACAUUCGUAUUGUGCAACUGCACCAUGGCCAGAUGCAUUGAGAAUAACACAAUAGAAAUUAUUCCAUAUGAAUGUCCACCCAUUGAGAUUAUCACUUGUACAAAUGGGAAAAAACCAACUCUUGUAUAUGACGAGUACUACUGCUGCCAACAUUACGCCUGUGACUGUGUUUGUGAAGGAUGGGGAGAUCCUCAUUACAUCACAUUUGAUGGAUUGUUCUACAGUUAUCAAGGAAACUGUACUUAUGUCUUGAUGGAGGAAAUUCUACCGAUACAUAAUUUAAAAAUUUAUAUUGACAAUGUCUUUUGUGAUCCAACUGAGGAUGUUUCCUGUCCAAGAUCCAUAAUUGUAUCAUAUGGAACACAAGUGAUCACACUAGUGAAUCAUAACCUUAUUGGAGCAGCACAGUUAGAGGCACUGAAAGACAGAGUACUAUUAAAACUACCGUAUUCACAACAAGGCAUUAAGAUCCUGAAUUCUGGCAUUAACUUGAUCUUGGAGAUCCCUCGUCUAAAUGUUGUCAUUACAUUUGGAAUAACUGGCUUUAGUGUCACCCUUCCAUUUCAAUACUUUGGCAAAAACACACAGGGUCAUUGUGGAACAUGCAAUAAUAACCAGGCUGAUGACUGCAUGUUACCUGGAGGCCAGCUGAUUGAAAGUUGUGCAGUGAUGGCUGACUAUUGGCCUGCAACACACAUUUACCAACCAAAUUGCCAAAUCCCUCCUGUACUGCCCACCAAUAUACCUGAACCCCCCCCAACCUUAACUCCAUGCAAACCAGACUCCAUGUGUGGCCUGAUUACAAGCAGUCUCUUUGCAGAGUGCCAUCGCUUUGUUUCUCCCGACAAUUUCUACCAAGGUUGUGUUUUUGAUAGCUGCCAUGUUUCGAACCCAGUAGUGGAAUGCACAAGUUUGCAGACGUAUGCUGCUGCAUGUGCUCAAGCUGGAGUUUGCCUACACUGGAGGAACCACACUACACUGUGUGCCAGUGACUGCCCAUCAGACAAAAUUUACAAGCCAUGUGGUCAGGCAGAACAGCCAACCUGUGAAGACAAUCCUAAUGAUUCAACCAUGAACUUCACUACUGAGGGCUGCUUUUGUCCUGAUGGAAUGAAACUCUUCAACAAGGAGUCUGGCAUAUGUGUUGCUAAGUGUGGAUGUCUUGAUCCCGAGGGUAUUCCUCGUGAGUUUAAUGAGAGGUUUGAGUACAAAUGCCAAGACUGCAUAUGUGAGGAGUCUACAAAGACUGUGACAUGCAAGGCAAAGGUGUGCCCAGUACCACCUAUUACACACUGCACUGUCCCUGGGUUUGUCCUUGUCAACCAAACAAAUCCGUCGGACCACUGCUGCUCAACCUUUGUUUGUGAAUGUCGCCCCAACACUUGCCCAGGAAUCAGUAGUAACUGUCCGAUUGGAUAUAUGCCAAGUAUUAAUGUCCCUGAGGGAAAAUGCUGCCAAGAACUUACAUGUGAGCCUAAAAGAGUAUGUGUCCACAGAGACGCAGAAUACCAGCCUGAGGAUUCAGUUCCUGCUCCCUUAUGUCAGGAAUGUAUCUGUACAAAUGAGAUAGACCCCAAAUCUGGUCUAUUCAAGGUGUCAUGCAAGUUUCAGCAAUGUCAAACAAACUGUGACAUGGGAUAUGAAUAUGUGGAACCUGAUUCCGAUAUGUGCUGUGGGAAAUGUGUACAGACACAAUGUGUCCUCAAUGUUGAUGGUAAUAAGCAACUCUUGAUGCAAGGACACACCUGGUCACCACCUGAGAAUAAGUGUGAGCAUUACACUUGUGUUAAGAAUAAUGAGACUUUCACAACAAUUAGCUCACACAUCGUCUGCCCUCCAUUCCAGCAGAGCAACUGUCAACCUGACACAAUUCAGACUGCAGCAAACGGCUGUUGUAAAAUAUGUGUGGAAAGGGAAAAGGCCUGCAAGAAAGGCUCCAUGAAAACAUAUAUCAUGCAUAAGGGCUGUCAGUCUUACCAGGAAGUAGAUAUGCCUUAUUGUGAAGGAUCCUGCAACACUUUCAGCAAAUACUCUGAGGCAGCUGCUGUUAUGCAGCAUUCUUGCUCCUGCUGUAAGGAGACACAGUACAGCAAUCGUACUGUUGACUUGCACUGCCUCAAUGGAGAUGUGGUUUCCUACACAUACAUGCAUGUGGAGGACUGUGGCUGUGGUCCCACUGAGUGCACUGGAGAUGCAGGACAUCAUGCUCGCAGGAGGCGAAGCUUCAAACUUGUUUAAGAAAAAGGACAUCAACACUGAUUCAUUCAUAGGGGAUAACAAAAUGUAUACCCAUGUUGUCUUAACAGUUAUGUCUCUUACAAUGUGAUUUACUUGUAGAGAAAGUAUUUACCCAUUCUUCAAAUAAAAAAUGCAACUUCA